AUGAAAACAGAAUCUGAGAUGAUUCCGAACAUUGCCAUACUUGGCACGUGCGAUACCAAGCUUGAAGAGUUGCUCUUCUUGCGCGACGAGAUAUUAAUGCACAACGUCAAUGUCACCUUGAUAGAUGUCGGUCAAAAACCCAUCAAAAGCGAUGCGAUAUCUCUGAGCCAAGAAGAACUGGUAAAGCAGCAUGGCAGCAAGGAAGACUUGGCUCAACUCCCACGAGGAGAGGUCAUCAAAUUCAUGGCUAGAUGUGCCACAGCCGCAGUUCAUUCCAUGUUUGAAGAAGGUGGUGUUCACGCAAUCAUCGCGGCCGGUGGAUCUGGUGGCACUUCCCUGGCUGCACAGGUUAUGAGAGAUGCAUUGCCUGUUGGAUUCCCCAAAUUAAUCGUCUCCACUAUCGCCAGCGGGGACACAGGCCCUAUCAUACAAGAGACGGACAUAACACUCAUGUAUAGUGUUGUGGAUGUGGCGGGACUAAAUCAAGUACUACGUAAUAUUCUCAGUAAUGCAGGGGCAGCUAUUGCUGGCAUGGCACAAGCGUAUGCAUCAAGAGUACAACCGCCAGAAUCUUCAAGCAAGAAGCGAGUAGGCGUGACAAUGUUCGGCGUCACAACACCUGCUGUGGAUACCAUUCGCAAACAUCUUGAGUCAAACUACAAAAUCGAAGCGUACGUGUUUCACGCGACUGGUCAUGGCGGUAAAGCUAUGGAGCGACUUGUCCGUGAAGGGGCUAUCGAUGCGGUAUUAGAUCUGACCACGACCGAAAUUUGUGACCACUUAACUGGAGGAAUCAUGAGCGCCGGACCGCACCGAUUAGAAGCUGCAGCCGAAGCGGGAAUACCCAACAUCAUAUCCGUUGGAGCGACUGACAUGUCAAAUUUCGGUCCCAUUAGCACGGUGCCAGAGCGAUAUCAAGGCCGCAAACUCUACGAGCACAACCCAGUCAUUACUCUCAUGAGGACUUCGAAAGAGGAGUCGCGCGAAAUCGGCUUGUUCAUUGCUGGCAAGAUUCGAAAUCACGCGAAAGACCCCAAUGCGAUAGAAGUGUGGUUACCAAAAGGCGGCGUAAGCGCAAUCGCCACACACGGCCAACCGUUCGCAGAUGGAGAUGCAGAUGCAGCCCUUCGUGAUGCUGUUAUCCAUGGACUAGCGGGUAGUGGAGUGCGUAUUGUAGAGGAUGAUCGAGAUAUCAACGAUGAAGGCUUUGCACAAGAUAUCGCGGACACGCUGGCCAUGAAAAUGGGCCUCAUCAAGUAA